GAAGCCGCCCCUAUGUUGAAGAUUCCCGCACGUUUUAAACAAUGUGACCUCAGUGUUUCCCUUGCGUUUGAUUAUUGUGACUGCAUCCUCAACAUGGGCACCCGUGCUGCUGCAUUUACAGCAAAGGUGCGGAGUCUAUGUGACUACCAGCUACGAUUGAUGCAAGGGGUCCUUCCACCCCCAUCGGGGGUGGAUAUAGCAAACACUAUCAAGUAUUUUUCACAAACUCUUCUCACUGUUCUAAAAGAUGUAACUGAUUCUCCUCUUGAACUUCUCAAGGAUCCCGAGAUGGAUGCAACUCGCCUCGCCCUCUUUCCUAGUUUAGACUAUAAAGCUCUUUAUAAUUCUUUAAUACCACUGAUGGAGGUUGCUCCAUUAAUUCAGUAUGGGUUACACGCUUUUGGGCAAGCAAUUUUACAAUGCCUCGGGUGUCUGCUUCCGUUUCUUGAACACGAUUUAAUAGAUAACCUUCCAUACUUAACCGCAUCCUCCGUAGCUGUAUUACCUAGCAGUCUUCACCAGGAUAUCGUAAACUCUUUGUGUUUCUACAUCUUGCCUUUUACGAUAACGCGAUAUAAUAACAGGGAACAUGAGAUCUGUCAGUCUAUUUCUGCGGUAAUAAUGAUGGUGUUUCAAUAUUCAAGUAACCCAGCUCAUCAUUGUCAACUGUUAGAAUGUUUGAUGACUCUGAAACAAAAUAUUCUGAAAGAUAUUUUGAGCGUUAUCGCGUAUGGGGCAAGUACCGCUAGGUCAUCAGCUGCUAAGUUACUUUUUUAUUAUUGGCCACCUUUCAAUGCAAAUCUUUUUGAUAGAAAAGGAUUAAUUUGUAAAUUUGCAGAUUCCUCACCAUUUGUUUGUCAACGGGAUUCUUGUCCAAACGCAGGAAGUGCAGAAGCGGCUAAAGUUUGUUAUGAUCAUUGCAUAUCUAUUACCUUUGCUGCUGAUAGUCCACCACCUUUAUAUUUAUGCAUCGAAUGCGCAAAUGAAAUACAUAGAGAACACCCAAAUCAAAUGUUCUUCGAUAUUCUUCAUCCUAUGCAACAAAAACCUAUGAUCUGCGAAAAUAAAAAUUGUAGAUCGACUGAUAAAUCAGCAAUAUCUAUCUGUUUUUCCACCGAAUGUGCUAGUUAUAAUGGUAACCAUCCAAUAAGAUACUGCGAACAGUGCCAUAAUAACCGUCAUAACACCAGGAGAGGUGGAGAUCACAUCGUGCACAAAUGCGUACCAGCAACAUGGAACAUGGAUAUAGAAAUGCAAACAUACAUGGUUGAAGCAGUUGUUAGCCUUUUAAAAGAAGCCAAAAUACCUGUUGUUGAGCAAAAAGAACCUACUGAUGGCAAAACUCCACCUCCCCCAGCAAUUGACAAUAUCACCAUUGAAGAAAGACAACAAUUAGGAAAAUAUGGAGUAUGGUUAUUAGUCGGGAGAUGUUCUCCAGUUGAAAACACCCCAGAAGAAGUCUUAGGAAGACUUUUGGCGAUGUUGUUUCAUUGGUUUCACGUCACAGCCUAUUCAUACGAUGUUGUAGGACAAGAAGAAAGUACGCUGGAAAAAUUAAAAAACGAUCACGUAUGUGAUUGGCUCAAAAAUAUCGCACAAACACAUUAUAAACUCUUCAUAUCGUGCCUAUUACCGCAUCCACCCGAGUUUGCUCAAGUUGGUGGUCACUGGGACACUUUAGCGUCAAGAACAUCGCAUCUAAAAGAUGGUUUAACUCGUCUCUUUUGCCUUACUUCCUACGAUAAUGUAAUAACACAAGAAAUUUGGGAUUUUGUUAUGCCACAUUGGAUGGACGCUAUUGUGAACGACGUCCCCGAAAAAGAACUACCAGAAUUGAGAACUAUAUUAAAUAAAAUAUUAGAAGCUCAAAUGUGUGAUAUUGAAGCUGAUAUCGCCCCGAAAAAAGUUUAUAAUUUUGUCGCUAUCAGAUUUGAUAAAACAACGGCGAAGAUACAACAACAAGCUCUGCAAUGGCUUCAGAUACUCACCAUGUUGGAGAUAACAAUAAAAUUGGAAUUUUUAUAUGAUAUCUUUGGAAAAGGAGUGAAUUACAUGAAGUUAGGAGCUGAAGAAAUUGAAAAAAUGAUGAGAAUUUUUAGGGAAGAUGGAGAAAAAAAAUCUCCAUGUAAAAAAAAAUCAUUUUUAAUAAAUAUUUUUAACUUUAAUUAUUUUUUAGCUCUCUUAACUGAUGAUAGCGACUCAACCGUAACUUCAUUCUCGGACGAUAGCAGACCAUCACAACAAGCUGAUUGCGAAAGCGAUGCGGAACAUAAUUUAUUUUGUUGUAUUCUUAUGUUAGAUAUUCUACUUAAACAAAUGGAACUACAAGCAAUAGAUAAACAUACCGGACUAAACUCCGAUUUAAGCAAAAAUGUUUGUGGCCUUCUCAAAUGUAUGCUUACUGCCGCUUGGAUUGGAAGUCAUUCUUGUAGCGUUAAAUCCGAUUGUGGAUACUGCGAAUCUAGUAUUAUGUGGCAUCAACUUUCAUUAAAUCUCGUUAAAUAUAUGAGUCCUAUAUAUCCUGUACAUCCUCCUGAUCCACCAAUAGAAGAUUUAUACGAUGAUCAAAGCAGAAAAAGUCCACCUGACGGAGAUAAAAAAGAAUGCAAAGCGGAUGUUGUCCUAAAUGUGCCUAUUCCUGAAGUGCACUCAGUUGGAGGUGUUCUUGUAAACAUGCCUCACGUCUGUUCUAUCAUGACUGCUACAGUUGAAACAGUUUCGGAACAACUCGAUCUCCCAAUAAUCCAAUCAGAUAGUCGGACGGUGCUUUCGGUUCAACGAGCUUACACAUUAACCGAAUAUGAUGACCAUAUUCGGGUUUUAGCCACGCCGAUCCAGUCUCAAGCAACGGAAGAAGCGUUGGAGUCUCCUCCCGAGGAAGACACCGAGAAUUGCUGGCAGACAUCGAUUGGAAAAUUCAAAUUUUGCGUGGAGGACUUGCCGAAUCCACUUCAAUACAUCUAUCAACUUCUGCAGGAAUUAUCCAAAACAGACAAACCGGACGUUUUGUAUUACAUGCUUCAGUGCCUCAACGUGCUCUGUCUUCAUGGUGACGCUUGUACGAAAUCUUCAAAGGACCACCGUGGAUUUUUUAUUUGGUGCCAAGAAAAUUUAAUUAUCCGAAAUUUAUGGGAUUUACUAAACUCCGAACACUCUCACAUCUGCCAAGAAGUAGUACCUCUCCUCCUCCAUUGCAUCACUCUCCCGGCAGGUUCCGACGUAUUUUGGAGAGUGAUCCAAGAGGAGUUUCACAAUAUUGACUGGCGAGUACGUUUCGUUGCAGUUGAAAGGGUCACGGUCAUCGCGAGGUUUAUGGAUUCUAGUCCUUUGAGGAAUAUUCUCCAGUUACAAGCUGCCUUAGCAAACGCAUUCUGUUAUUUAAUUUCCAGCAUGGAUGAUCCCAAUGUUUAUGUUGCUCAAAGAGCGACUCUUUACUUGGGAACUAUUCACGACGGAGCGAUUAAAUCGUUAAUAAUGUGUCUGGAAACGCAAUUUGAUUCUGUGAUAGUCGAUAGGCCAAUGGUGCUCCAAUCGAUAUACCAAUUGCACAAUUCUCUAAGUGAGCGUAAGAUAUUGACGUGGGAGUUCUUCUUGAAUCGAUUUGAUACGCUUUUUUUGGAAGCGCAGAUCAAUUUUGAAAAAUCCGGCGAUAUUUCUUAUAUGAGAGAUCUUAGGAACACGGAUUUGAAUAGUGAGGUCUUCAUUCGGAAACUUCAUAGAGCUCACGAAGCCCUUUCGCACUCGGAUGGAAGUGGUGUUAGUUCCGUGAAGACGUUAAGUGCUAGCUUUGGCACGAAAUGGCCUUAUAAACGAACUAUGUCGGCCCCUGCUUCGAUAAUUCCAAGACAGGAUAAUAGGGAAUCUAGAGAAAAAGUUUAUAGCCGGCAGUAUUCCGCGCCGAUUUUAAAGAGGAAAACAUCGCGAUUCGGAUUGGAUGGACAUGUGCACUCUUUAAACGUGGUGGACGAUCAGAACUUGCUGGGAUAUCUCCAAAGGGUCAUCGAUUUGGAAGAAGCGGAUAAGGAGACGAUGCAUCUCUUGGUGUUUCUGCUGAUGCAGUUCCUCUCGAGAUCGGAUCAAGCCUACCCAACCGAAGACAAGUACAUAUCGAAAUCACAAGACAUCGUUCUGCGGCAUCUUUACCUCCUAUUAGGCUACAGCCAAAACGAUAGAUGUCACUUUCUGCCACCUCAACGUCUACGAUUAUCGCCAGCGUUUAGCGUCUUCAUAUCGAAUCUUCCUCAACUUUUAGAUCAAAAUCAUCUAAUGGGGCGAAUGCUGUUAUCGACCUCAUUGAUUCUUUUGCAUUAUUCUCCUUCCCCGUUCUAUAUGCCUAAUAAUUUGGAGUUGCAACAACCCACUUACAGUCUUUGGUCCUUGGAACCACACCUUAGAAGAAAUUGGUUAAUGGCGCUUGUUGUGCUUUUAUACAAAUACCAAUACAACCAACAGCCUCAUUGCCUUCAUUUGACUUCCUUGGUCAAGAUUGUUUUGAACACCCUAGAUUCGCAGCACCAUCAUUGCAGGAGAAUCCCAGCAACUAUUUUGAUGGGAGCCCCAUCGACGCGAUCUCGAGAUGUUAGUCAACCAUCUUUAGGCGCAGAAAAUGAACAACACGAAAAAUUAACAACCCCACCUUUAUCCCCAAUGUAUUCCGACGGGCAAUCAGUUCAAGUAUCUUUAAGCUCCAAAGGGGGCAAAACCCAAGUCAUUUACGCGAAACCUUCAUCAGCUGCAAGCAUGGAAACGCAUUGGGAGGAAGCUAUUCAAUGCAUCCCCGAUAAAACAUUACAAAAAACUAAAUUCGCCGAAAUCAGCUUAGACGCUGAUGACACAGAAUCCGAAUUAAACGCAAUCCCAGAAAGCGAUUUAUCCGAUAGCACUUUACAUGGGAGUGUGCAAGAUUCAUUUGAUGAAGGAACAGAAGAUUUAUGUUACCAUAAGUCCGAAAAAUCGUGUAUUAAAGUGCAAGAACCCCAAGAUCAGCGAUCCCCAAAAGAAGUUUAUAUCAGCAAACUUGUGAAACAUAAAAGGCCCAUUUGGAUCAUCGGGAGUGAAGAGGAAGCGCUAAAAUCUUGGGAAAGUAAAACAUACUCCAUCCAAGAAAUUCCAAAAUUUGAAAACGGCUCCGGAAAAAAUUGCACCAAACCAGGAAAUGUCACCGUAGCAAAAACCUUAACCACAGAUUCUCACAGACAAGUUACUUGCUCCUCCAUCGACACCCAACACAUCAGCAAACCAACUCCUUUAGGAAAACAUAAAAAAAUUAUUGAACCAUGCAUCACUCCCGUUAGCACACCAGUCUCAGAUUGCGAAGAAUGUCUUAAGAACCAAGUUCUCCCACCACCAGCCAUUGAAAGACUUUUACCUAUCGGUUCAGUUAAACCACCAGAUUCUCCAAAAACAAACAUUUUCGCUAUAUCCGGAAUAGAAACCCAGCUAGAGAUACCAAAUCAAGAACGACUACUACCAAUCGGACACCACACUAAAGAUAUAUCUCAAUUAGUCGAAAAAGUUAAACAAGCUUUAGGAAUCAAUGCCCAGCACAUAACCAAAAUUCCAGAGUAUAAGAAAGUUGAAAACGGCCGGGAUUCAACUUAUUAUACUCAAAGUCCUAGAAGACUCAUUAAACAAGUCGCCUUGGAGAGUCCCCCACAAUAUGAUAUAGAAGAAACUACAAUUACAUUUAAAAGUAUUAAUAUGGACGGAAAAAGUACGCAAACAUAUUUUAUUAAAUUAUUGUGUAAUAACUUUUUCUUAGAAGAAUCCACAACUAAUCAUCGACAUCCUAUUAGAAAAGCUGGACCUUUUACAAUUCGACCAUAUCCUUGCAGGGAGUCCAAAAAAGCCGGUUUUUGGUUAAGCCCCCAAUUAUCUCCAAAAAUCGAAGGCAGCGAUAUCAAACAAAGUUCUUUUCGCAUAGGGGAUGAGUGCGUUACUGAGAGAUGUUCAGAAUGCGGUACUGUUAAAGAAGAAUACAGCGACGAAGAAUUAGGAUUGUGUAUUGUAUGUUUAGGAACGUUUAUUCAUCGUGAACCAUCAUUAGCAGCACCUAUGUUGCCAGAUAUUCUUAAUAUCGUUGCAAAAGUUGCAACCAAUGCAAUGUAUCCCUGGCAAAAUGAGAGCAAUAUUCAUCUUCCUGGAGGAGCAGUGAGUGUAGCCCAUCAAUUUCUUAGAUGCGUUUUACAUCAACUUGCACCAAAUGGAAUAUUCACUCAAAUGUUUCAAACACCUACGAAUGAAAAAUGUAGGAUACAAUUUUUCAAAAAUGUUAUUCAGGCUUUGAUCGAUUUUAACGAAUUAAAUCCGGUGGCACCAUUGCAACUUUUAUUAGAGACAUUGAAUUCGAAGAAAACUCUUCCACUGGAUGCUUUACCAAUUAUAUUAGAAAACUUAGCUUGUUAUAUGGACUGCUUGCCAUUAGAAGCUGCUCUAGGAUCAAAUGCUCCGUUAUGGAACAAUGUUUUACAACAAAUGGAAACGUUUUUUCGUAGAAUAGUAUUCCUAUUACACGGGAUAGAUAAUUUAACCGUCCUUUUAAGAAUAAUAAUAACAAUCUUUAAGAUCCCUUUGAUAAAUCAAUACAAAGGAAUGUUGGAACCAUUUUCGAAAAUAAUGAGUCAUGCUAUCCAAACCAACGUAUUAAAAUACAACAAUCUGGUUGAUAUCUGUUUCUUGUGCAAUAGGGCGUUCACGAAAGAUCGCGAUAAGAUGUUGUUGAGUAGAAUGGUUGUUUUUGAACUUGUGCAAGCUUUGAAAUUUAAAACUUGCAUUCCUGAUGCGAACCUUUUGAUGUUGAUCAACUUAAUACUUCAAGAUGUGGGCGGAUCAAUUCCAGCUAACGUUGUCUUAAAAGAUAUGAAUUCCAUAACGGUUGAUUUUACUCCUAUUUGGAAUACUAAUAUAGCAGAAUGUAUGAAAGUACAUUUAACGGAUAUCUUGGAAUUUUUAACUGAUUUUCAUACCUUGGCAAAAAUAAAGAGUUAUUCCAAAGGGAUUUCGAUGGGAUUAAAUGAAGAUACUUUAGGUGGUAUUUUCAAAUGUAACGUAGCUCAAUACUUGGCAUUGGAAAUUAGUAGAGGAAACGGGAGAGAUAACAGAGCUGUAUCUCGUUAUUUACCUUGGUUGUAUAAUACAUCAACAGCUCAACAACCUCCGAAAGAAUUUGUGGAAUGUAUAGGUCAUGUAAGAUUACUUUCGUGGCUCCUCUUAGGGUCAUUAACACAUACAGCAAUACACGGAAACGAUGCCACUCAUUUAAGUCAACCAAUACCACAAGAAGCCUCUUGUCAAAUCGCCGAUCACAUCCAAGUAAUAAUGGCAGGUUUCGCGGAACAACCAAAAGCGUCCGUUUUACACAUGUCUUCCUUGUUUCAUACAUUCAUACUAUGCCAAUUGUGGACCAUUUAUUUGGAACAAGGCCUAAAUGCCCAUCUUCCAAUCACGGAAGCAUACAAUGUUACCAUGAAUAUCCUUUUUGAUUUUUGGGGAAAAAUAACACCUUGCAUUUUACAAUUAGUCCAACAAUCAAAAGUUCUAAGCGAAAUAGUAUGUCUUCACUUUUUAAAUCUAAUCGAAGCGUUAAUUGAAUGCCACUCGACGUUUAUCACGAAAUUAUUCCCACUUUGGAUUCCAGUUUUAACGUCACAAACUAUUCAAUUACCCGGUCACCUUCAAGUUAGAUUACAAAACUGUUUAAAUUUCGCUCCAGAUGUACAUUUAGAAGGUCUCCCAGAAAAAAUUAAAACAUCUUUGCAAAAUCCAGUAUUAUUACGCUGGCUACAACGUUUACAGUUCAAAAUGGGCCAAAUAGAACUUCAGUCAUCGACAGCAACACAAUUUUAUUCAUUGUAGACAAUAGUAUUUUAUAUCAAAUAUAAAAAUGAGUUGAAUUUUA